AGUAGCAGUAAGCCUCAACCUUUCGAGAUACGGCCCAUGCUCAGGGCUGGAUCUACCUUUUCAGGGGCUCAAGGCAAAGCUUUAGUUGGGAGGCCCCCCUGUAAAGAUAAUUGAUCAUUUCACUUCCGCUGCAAUGCUGGUAAAUUGCGGGCCUAAGGCAGCUACCCAUUCUGCCUAUAGCUAGAACCAGCCCUGCCCACACUGACUGCAUGCUGCACCCUGAAAUCCAUUCAUGUGCCAAAUCUGCAGAUGUAUUGUAUCUGCCAAAGUUUCCGUUAAAAUUCGCCCAUGUGGUGAUCCUGUGACCUAUGAACAUGUCAGUGAGCUUGUUACUACUCACCUGAUAUAAAAUAUGACUAGUAAAUUUGUACACACAGAUGAGCAGAGUUGUUCACCUUGAGUAUGUCAGAUAGAAUUCAUGGAGGGGGGACAACUUUGUGUUAAAGUGCUGAAUUCUGCAUCGCAGACGGGAAUUACAAUGACCCUCAAUGGCACAAAAUUCUCAAGAUGUUACAUUCUUAAAAAGUCCCUUCACAUUUUUUUUUGUUUUAUGCCCUUAAUGUUUAACAUCUUUUAAAAAUGAGCAGUUUAUCAAACUUUUAAUAUUAAGACCUUUUAGUUUUAUUAAAUUAAUUUAAUUUCCCUUGUGUUCAUUUUAAUUUGCUACACCUGUUACAGAUUUUAACGAUAUGAUGCCAGACUGGCCUUGAACCUGAAUAAACCUGGAUUGUUUAAAUGGCUACUUUUUGUGACUUGCCGCCAUCUUUUUACAUGUCUGGUUAUGACAAAUGUUCCCUAUUGUUUGGACACACUAUAGACGUAUUUGAUUAAUAAUUAACACUCAAGUGAAACACUGUCAUACUGCAUAAUUGGGAUGCUGGGUCAUUGCUCCCUCUGCAUUGUGCUUUGUUAGAAAUUGGGGGCAUUUAUCCAUCAGAUUUUUACUGUCUGUAUGAGUGCACAGUACAUUUUUUCACCAUUAAAAUGCAUCACAGGAAGGCCAGUUAAACUUGUUUGCUGAAUGCAUGCUGAAGACGUGCAUCGUGCGUAAUUGCCAUGUGAUCACACGCUGGCAACUCAACUCAGCCGCUGUCCCCGCUGGGUAUCUGGAAUGUGUGGCCUCAUGCCUGUGUGUACCUGUUUGGACCUCCUCCGCUUCCCUGCUGUUCUCUGGAGCCAACCAAAGACAAGACAAGGAAGGGUGACUCAUCCACAAUGGGAAUCCUUUACCGGCACCCAGUACUGGAACUCGACGCCAUGGAGGAAAUUGUAAUCGCUGGCAUUUCGGGCAGACUCCCCGAGUCUGACAACCUGCAGGAGUUUUGGGAGAACCUCUUCAAUGGGGUGGACAUGGUGACAGAGGACGACAGGAGGUGGAAGCCAGGUUUGUACGGCCUGCCCAGGAGAAACGGAAAACUGAAGGAUAUCAGUAAAUUCGACGCCUCAUUUUUCGGCGUGCAUCCAAAGCAAGCUCACACAAUGGACCCCCAGCUCAGACUCUUGCUAGAGAUCUCGUAUGAAGCCAUUGUAGAUGGAGGCAUAAAUCCAGUAGCCCUCCGUGGGUCCAAGACAGGAGUAUACAUCGGCGUCAGUGGCUCAGAAGCUGGGGAAGCUUUCAGCCGGGAUCCAGAGGAGCUCCUGGGCUACAGCAUGACUGGUUGUCAGCGGGCUAUGUUUGCCAACCGCCUCUCCUACUUCUUUGACUUUAACGGUCCCAGCACCGCCAUUGACACGGCAUGUUCCUCAAGCUUGCUCGCCAUGGAGAACGCCUUCCACGCCAUUCGCCACGGACACUGUGACUCCGCCCUAGUGGGUGGGGUCAAUCUGCUGCUCAAACCAAACACCUCCGUGCAGUUUAUGAAAUUGGGGAUGCUGAGUCCUGGGGGCAGCUGCAAGUCUUUUGACUCCUCAGGUGACGGAUACUGCCGGUCCGAGGCUGCUGUGGCCGUGUUGCUGACCAGAAGGUCCAUGGCAAAGAGGAUUUACGCCACAAUCAUCAACGCGGGUAACAACACAGAUGGUUACAAAGAACAAGGCGUUACCUUCCCUUCGGGCGACAUGCAACAGCGCCUGGUACGCUCCCUCUACCUGGAGGCCAACAUCUCCCCAGAGCAAGUGGAGUACGUCGAGGCCCAUGGCACGGGCACCAAGGUUGGGGACCCACAAGAAGUUAAUGGCAUUGUCAGCGUCUUCUGUCAAUCCGAGCGAGAGCCUCUGCUAAUUGGCUCCACCAAGUCCAACAUGGGCCACCCCGAGCCGGCGUCUGGCCUGGCCGCUCUCGCCAAGGUGGUCCUGUCCCUGGAGCACGGCAUGUGGGCUCCCAACAUUCAUUUCAAGGAGCCCAACCCCGAUAUCCCGGCACUGCUGGACGGCAGGGUGCGAGUCGUCACCGAACCUUUGCCCGUCAAGGGUGGCAUCGUAGGCAUCAAUUCCUUUGGCUUCGGAGGUUCGAACGUCCAUUUGAUCCUGCGUCCGGCGGGCCCCGUGGCCGCGCCUCAAGACACAAAGCCCCCGCUCGCGGUUCCCCGGCUCCUGCAGGUGUGCGGCCGCACAGAAGAGGCCGUCAACGAGCUCGUCCGGAAGGCCCGGGACAACGCCAGCAAUGCCGGCUUUCUAAGCAUCCUCAACGACAUCUCUACCGUGCCCACCGCCAGCAUGCCCUACAGGGGCUAUGCCCUGAUUGGUAGCGAGGCGGAUGCCAUGGAGGUGCAGCAAGCUCAGGCCGCAUCCAGACCUCUCUGGUACAUCUGCUCAGGGAUGGGCACACAGUGGGCAGGGAUGGGCCGCAGCCUCAUGCAGCUGGCCGAAUUCCGCGAGUCCGUCCUGCGCUCAGACGAGGCGCUGCGGGACACGGGGCUCUGCGUCUCACGCCUGCUGAUGGAGGCUGAUGAGAGCACCUUCGAGGACACGGUGCACGCGUUCGUGGGGCUCGCCGCCAUACAGAUCGGCCAAAUCGACCUGCUCCAGAAGAUGGGCCUGGUGCCGGACGGCAUUGUUGGACACUCUGUAGGCGAGCUGGCCUGCGGCUAUGCCGACGGCUCCCUCUGCCACAAGGAGGCCAUCCUGGCAGCCUACUGGAGAGGACGGUGCAUCAAGGAAGCCAACCUGCCAGCAGGGGGAAUGGCUGCCGUAGGCCUGACGUGGGAGGAGUGUAAGGCCCAGUGCCCACAGGGGGUGGUGCCCGCCUGCCACAACGCCGAAGACACUGUCACGAUCUCGGGUCCUCAGGAAGCAGUCAGCCAGUUUGUGGCUCAGCUAAAGCAAAGUGGGGUGUUUGCCAAGGAAGUGCGCAGUGCCGGUGUGGCCUUCCACUCCUACUACAUGGCCUCCAUCGCUCCUGCCCUGCUGUCCGCACUCAAAAAGGUAAUUAAGAAUCCGAAGCCAAGGUCGGCUCGCUGGAUCAGCACCUCCAUCCCGCAGGCAGACUGGGACAGCCCCCUGGCACACUAUUCCUCAGCAGAGUACCACGUUAACAACCUGGUGAGCGCCGUGCUCUUCCAGGAGGGCCUGAACGUGGUGCCCGACAACGCUGUGGUGGUGGAGAUCGCACCCCAUGCCCUACUGCAGGCUGUCCUGAAACGCAGCCUCAAAUCCACCUGCUCUAUCCUGCCCCUGAUGAAGAGGGGCCACCCCAAUAACCUGGAGUUCUUCCUCUCGCACGUCGGAAAGAUCUACAUGAACGGAAUCAACCUGGACAGCAACAAGCUAUACCCGGCCGUAGAGUACCCCGUUCAGGUCGGGACCCCCUUCAUCUCUCCCCACAUCCUCUGGGACCAUUCACAGACUUGGGACGUCCCGGUCGCUGAUAACUUCCCCUCUGGGUCUGGCGGCUCCAGUUCAGCCACAGUCUACAACAUCGACAUGAACCCAGAGUCCCCUGACUACUACCUGACGGGCCACUGCAUCGACGGGCGCGUCCUGUAUCCGGCCACGGGCUACCUGGUGCUGGCCUGGAGGACGUUGCUGAGGAGCCUGGGGGCGGUGAUGGAGCACACUCCUGUCACUUUCGAGGACAUCACCAUCCACCGGGCCACCAUCCUGCCAAAGACCGGCACCGUCCAGCUGGAGGUCCGACUCAUGCCUGCCACCAGCAGGUUCGAGGUCUCUGAGAAUGGCAAUCUGACAGUCAGUGGCAAAGUGAGCAUCCUUGAGGAUAAGGCUUUGGAAGCGUUCCAAUCUCAGGUGGCCCAGACUCCCGAAGCGACCUCAGAGGACGACCCCAGACUGGGACUGACGGCUGGAGACGUCUACAAAGAGCUGCGCCUGCGGGGUUAUGACUAUGCCAAGACAUUCCAGGGCAUCCUGGAGGCCAGCGGCCCCGGAGACCGCGGCAAGCUGAGAUGGACGGGUAACUGGGUGACCUUCCUGGACACCAUGCUGCAGAUGCUGGUGUUGGGCCUCUCGGGCCGGAGCCUGCGGCUGCCCACUCGGGUCCGGUCCGUUUGCGUCGAUCCCCGUCUACACGAGGAGAAGUUCCGAGAGUAUGGGGAGAACGAGAAGGCCAUUGAUGUGCAGGUGGACCGCUACCUGGACAGCAUUAUCGCGGGCGGAGUGCAGAUCUCCGGCCUGCAUGCCACUGUGGCGCCGCGACGGCAGCAGCAGCAGAGCCCCCCCACCCUGGAGGAGUUUGUCUUCGUGCCAUACAUGGACACGCAGUGCCUGAGGACCAGCGAGAAGCUCGGCGAGCAGCUGAGGCACUGCAAAGGUCUCAUCCACCGGCUGCAGCACAAGCUCGCACAGCAGGGGGCCAAGCUGUCCAUACCCGGCCUGGAGGAGGCGAUGGAGGCCCAGCUGACCGGGGCCGAGGCCGAGCCGGGGCUCCCGCGCUUGCUGUCAGCCCUGUGUGCUCUGGAGCUCAAUGGGAACCUGCAGUCAGAGCUGGAGCAGACGGUGCGGGCGGAGAAGGACUGCCUGCUGCAAGACCCGCUGCUGGGCGGCCUGCUGGACUCUGUGGCCCUGCGGCACUGCCUGGACACGGUGCUGGAGAACGCCACGCCCGGCAAGAUACGGGUGCUGGAGGCUCUCGCUGCAGACGGUCACGUUUUCUCCCGCGCCGUCAGCCUCCUGAACAUUCAGCCCAUGCUGCGGGUGGAGUACACGGCCACCGACGUCACCCAAGACCUGCUGACCCCCCACCAGUCGUCCUUGGAGGACCUGGGUGUCGCCACCGGCCAGUGGGACCCCCACGCAGCCCCCGCCCCCGGCGGCCUUGGUGGCGCCGACCUGGUGGUGUGUAACUGUGUGACGAGCCCCCUGUCCAGCCCAGAGGAGGUGCUGGGCAACCUGGCGUCGGCCACCAAGGAGGGCGGCUUCCUGCUGCUGCACACCAUGCUUAAGGGGGACACGCUGGGGGAGACGGUGGCCUACCUCUUGGGCCGCCAGCAGGCCCUGCUGUCCCAGGCUGAGUGGGAGAAGGUAUUCAGCAAGGCCUCCCUCCACGUGGCCGCCAUGAAGAAAUCGUUCUAUGGCUCCGUGCUGUUCCUGUGCCGCCGUCAGAGCCCCAGCACACAGCCCCUCUUCCUGCCUGUGGACUCCACCGACUAUCAAUGGGUGGAAAAACUCAAGUCUAUCUUGGCUGAGCCCUCAGAGAGCCGCGUGUGGCUCACUGCCACCCAGGCACACUCUGGGGUGGUGGGGAUGGUCAACUGCCUCCGACAAGAACCAGGCGGCAACCGCAUAAGGUGCGCAUUCGUGUCCAACUUGAUGCGGUCUUCUGCGGCCCCCUCCCUGCUUCCGUCACACAAAGACAUGCAGUCUCUCCUGGAGAGGGACCUGAGCAUCAAUGUGUACCGUGAUGGUCAGUGGGGCGUCUUCAGGCACCAGCUCAUCCCCCAGGAGUUGAGCGAGGAGCCCACAGAACAGGCCUACGUCAAUGUGCUGACUCGUGGGGACCUGUCAUCCUUGCGCUGGAUCGUAUCCCCCCUGCGCCACUUCACCCCCGACAGCCCCCAUGUGCAGCUCUGCCGUGUCUACUACUCCUCCCUGAAUUUCCGUGACAUCAUGCUGGCCACCGGCAAACUGCCACCAGACGCCAUCCCAGGAGACUUGGCCCUGCAGCAGUGCAUGCUGGGAAUGGAGUUCUCAGGCCGAGACCCCAGCGGGCGGCGCGUGAUGGGCCUCCUUCCCGCCAAGGGCCUGGCCACUUGUGUGGAUGCGGACAAGCGUUUCCUGUGGGACGUGCCCUCCAGCUGGACUCUGGAGCAGGCAGCCUCGGUGCCUGUGGUCUACGCCACUGCUUACUACGCCCUGGUGGUGCGCGGAAGACUGCGUCCCGGCGAGAGUGUGCUCAUCCACUCAGGGUCCGGCGGCGUGGGCCAGGCCGCCAUCGGCAUCGCGCUGAGCCAGGGCUGCCGCGUCUUCACCACAGUGGGGUCGACCGAGAAGCGGGCCUACCUGCAGGAGCGCUUCCCGCAGCUGACGGCCGAGUCCUUCGCCAACUCCAGAGACACCUCUUUCGAGCAGCAUGUUCUGCUCCACACGAAAGGGAAGGGAGUGGACCUGGUGCUCAACUCUCUGGCUGAGGAGAAGCUGUUGGCUAGCCUUCGCUGCCUGGCCAGGCACGGCCGCUUCCUGGAGAUCGGAAAGUACGACCUGUCCAACAAUUCCCCACUAGGGAUGGCGCUCUUCCUAAAGAAUGUGGCUUUCCAUGGCAUCCUGCUGGAUGCCCUCUUCGAGGAGGGCAACAGAGAGUGGGAGGAAGUGUCACAGCUCCUACGGGAGGGCAUCACGGCGGGUGUGGUGCAGCCACUGCGCACCACUGUUUUUGCAAGGGACCAGGUGGAAGAGGCCUUCCGCUACAUGGCUCAGGGCAGGCAUAUCGGCAAGGUGCUGCUGCAGGUUCGCACAGAGGAACCUUCCGCGGCUGUGGAGGCCGCCCCGCUCUCGCUGCCCGCCAUCUGCCGCACCUACUGCCCUGCCUCCCUCUCCUACAUCAUCACUGGAGGCCUGGGUGGCUUCGGCCUGGAGCUGGCCCACUGGCUGACCGAGAGAGGAGCUCGCAAACUGGUGCUGACGUCUCGCUCAGGAAUCCGCAACGGGUACCAAGCUAAGAGAGUACAGGAGUGGCAGGCCAUGGGUAUCCAAGUGCUGGUGUCCACCAGGGACGUUGGCUCCCUGAAGGGCGCCCAGAAGCUCAUCACUGAGGCGGCCCAGCUUGGUCCUGUUGGGGGCAUCUUUCACCUCGCCAUGGUGCUGAAGGACGGCAUGCUGGAGAACCUGACACCGGAGCACUUCCAGCAGGUCUGCCAGCCGAAGUACGACGGGACCAUCUACCUGGACAGGGUGACCCGGGACCGCUGUCCCGAGCUCCGGCACUUCGUGACCUUCUCCUCUGUGAGCUGCGGUCGCGGCAACGCCGGUCAGAGCAACUACGGCUUCGCCAACUCCACCAUGGAGCGCGUGUGCGAGCAGCGGCGGCACGACGGGCUGCCCGGCCUGGCGGUGCAGUGGGGCGCCAUCGGCGACGUGGGCGUGGUCCUGGAGACCAUGGGCAGCAACGACACAGUCAUAGGCGGCACCCUGCCGCAGCGUAUCUCCUCCUGCCUGGAGGUGCUGGACCGCUUCCUGAACCAGCCGAGGCCAGUCAUGUCCAGCUUCGUGCUGGCCGAGCGGGUGGCGGCCGCCAAGGGCGAGGGUGGAGGCCAGAGGGACUUGGUGGAGGCUGUGGCUCACAUCUUGGGUGUGCGUGACGUGAGCAGCCUGAAUGCUGACGCCUCCCUAGCCGACCUGGGUCUGGACUCCCUCAUGGGCGUGGAGGUCCGGCAGACUCUGGAGCGGGACUACGACAUCGUCAUGGCGAUGCGGGAGAUCCGCCAGCUGACCAUUAACAAGCUGCGUGAGCUAUCCAGCCAGCAGGGAGGCACCGAGGGUGAGGACUCUCGGGCUUCCCCGCUGAGGAAGGGCGGUGCCGGUGCCUUGCUGGACGCUGACCUGAGCCAGCUCCUGGUGAAUCCCGACGGGCCCACGGUCACGCGACUGAAUGAGGUUGAGAGCGCUGAGAGGCCUCUCUUCCUGGUGCACCCCAUCGAGGGCUCCAUCACCGCCUUCCGCACGCUGACCGCCAAGCUGAGCGUGCCCUGCUACGGCCUGCAGUGCACCAAAGCGGCCCCGCUGGACAGCAUCCAGAGUCUGGCCUCCUAUUACGUGGAGUGCGUGCGGCAGGUGCAGCCGGACGGCCCGUACCGCGUCGCUGGCUACUCCUUCGGAGCCUGUGUGGCCUUUGAGAUGUGCUCGCAGCUGCAGGCUGCUGGUCGAUCCGUGGAGCAGCUCUUCCUGUUUGACGGCUCGCACUCUUACGUGGCGGCGUACACCCAGAGCUACAGAGCAAAGCUGACCCCGGGUAAAGAGUCUGAAGCUGAGACGGAGGCCCUCUGUGCUUUUAUCCAGCAGUUCACUGGAAUGGAGUAUAACAAGCUCCUGGAGACCCUGCUGCCGCUGUCGGACCUGGAGGCCAGAGUGAAUGUGGCCGUGGACCUGAUCACGUCCAGCCACAAGCACGUGAGCCGCGCCUCGCUGCACUUCGCCGCCUCUGCCUUCUACUACAAGCUGAAGGCCGCCGACCGCUACGUUCCGGCAGCCAAGUACCACGGCAGCGUUGCCCUCCUGAGGGCCAAGACCAGCACUGAGUAUGGCGACGGCCUGGGCGCCGACUACCGGCUGCAUGAGGUCUGUGAUGGGAAGUUGUCGGUGCACGUCAUCGAGGGGGACCACCGCACCUUCCUGGAGGGCGAGGGUGUGGAUUCUAUCACUGGCAUCAUUCACAGCUCACUGGCAGAGCCCCGCGUAAGUGCCAGAGAGGGUUAGCUCUGCUCUGUCCUGUCCCGGCCAGGGGGGGGGGACGGGCACUGGGACGGCAGCGAGCGGGUCUGCUACGUCAUCAGCCUUCUCUUCCUUCUCUUGCUGUAUUUGUUUUAUUUUUUUGUGGUUUCCUGGAAGGAUGUUAUCUGGACAUACGUUUCAGCCUUAAUCUGACCGCUUUCUCCGCCUCUGCUCUCCUUCCAUGUUCUCCUUUAUCCCUCUUUUUUGUAUUGUCUGUUUUGGUUUUGUAAAGGUACAGCUUAGAAGCUCACCUUCUGAAAGCAUACUCAUGGUGCAUGGUCACAUGACCACCUAUUAACCACUCACAUGCUCAGAUUACGAUGAUGACUGUCUGCUAAAGGGCCACACUGCUUCAAUCGAUGGAACUUUUGUAAGGAAACGUUCCGCCAGCCCUGAUGAUGCGGACGUCAUUAACCCCGACCUUAAAGUAAAGUGUGAUUAGACCAGUCAAAAGUAGCAUUUGCAUGAAGACUUUAUUUUACUAAGAGGGCAUCUUUGUCUUUCUGGGUGUCACUGAAUACAUACACACCACUUUGUGUUGGUUGUAUUGCCUUGCAAAGGUGCUGCACAGUCUUGGAGUCCGUACAGAAUUUCAUGUGGGCUAUUGAUCAGAGUAUUUCCAUAUGGGGAAAAGUACAGCGCCCAGGAAGCAUCUUGGGAGUAACAGAAAUGGUUGGAAUGGUUUUGUCUCUAAUGAACGUGUGCAAGCAGCUGAGCUCAUAUGUGAAGUGACUGAAACUGACCUCUCUGGCUUGCAUGGUGCAGAUAGUGAGGAUUUGCCAAAUUACUCUGCUUUGCAGUGUUACCCCCCUCAGUGUUUCUGAACAGCACUGUCUGUUUCAUAUGACUUAAACUUUAGGAGGACCAGUUGAUCUUCUGUACCUGUUCUUCUCUACCUUGUGUGUUGACAAAGUCUGGAAAAUAUGGUACAUGCUCUAAAAAAAAUACUGCUGUAGGUCACACUGCUGUUUUAAUGUAACGGUAUUUCUGGCUAUUUAAUGCGUAAAAUGUAUUUCAUUAGUGUUUUUUUCUUUUGUUUGAUGCAAAAUUCUGUGAAUGUAAAAAAAAAAAAAAAAACUGACUAAUGAUAUUUGAAGAAUAAGCUGGACCAAGGUUACUAAACUGAAGCUGUUUGAAAAUAUGCCUGAAGUCUGAAUAAGCUGCACCGAUGCAGAGUGGUGGAUCGUGGAAGCUGGAUAGCAGAGGGCUGGUGCAUCACACAGCACUAGCCUGGUGAGCCCAGAGGUGUCCUUUCACAGAGAAUAAAGCGUUACCUGAAAACAUUCUUUUCCUGACAGUGACCCACAAACUGGAGAAUGUAAGGGGAGGAGGGUCCCAAAACGACUGAUCUGAUUUCUGAGACUUUUAAUCAAGUCGGUGAAGAAUUAGAUGACUUCCAAUUUAAAGCGUAAAGGAGAAACAAUGGACUGCCUCUCAAGUUUUUUAUUAUUUUUUUUUAAAUUCUAUUAUGUAAUUUCUGAAGUAUUUAUUGUACUAGUUGAAAUAAAAUAGCAUCUCAAAAUGA